AAUCGAGCGCUGCCGCAGCCCGAAGCCCUUUUCAGGCCCUGGACGGACGCUCAGAGGUGAGCAUCUAUUGCUACGGUCGCUGCACGGCACAUCUACAUACGCUCGCGCUGCACCAGACCGCACACAGUGCCCACUGCUAAAUAGCGGCUGCACGCCCUCGACGCGAGCCGUGCCAAAGAAAUGGACCCGCGCGUCGUCGCCACACUAAUAACAAUAGCGCUUGCGCUGGGCUACACUAGGUGGGCGAAGCGCAAUAAAGUAAAUGUGCCGCAGUGCUCCGUGCCCGAGAUCCUGCACGCGCUGGCCCACGGCGAUAGUACCGUAAGAGCGCUGGCGGGCCGUGCUUUACGAAGCAUUAUCUUCGGCGAGGUCGACGUGCUGGAGGAUUUGUUAGAUGACGUCGCAGGCAAGCACGCGGACGACUUCGGAAAAAAACGAGAGGAUGGAAGAACUCUACUGGAUAUUGCCGUCGAGGACGCGUCAAACGGCGACGCCGACGCUAUUUCGCUGCUCUUGGCCGUCACGGAGCUCGACGACGCGUGGGACGUCGCCGAGGACGAGUGGAAUCUGCUCGUGCAGCGCGCGCGGGGGGAGGUGAAGAAGGCGGCGCGGGGGCGGCUCCAGGCCCGUCCGUCGGAAGGCUCAGUUGGGUUGGCGUGCCUCGCGGCGCGGCUCGACGCGCCGUCGGCGAAAAUCGCCACACCAAACGGUUUCCGCGCCGAGGAUGAUACAUUAGUGCCGGAGCCGCUCUCCUUCAACACGCGCGCGCGCUGCGCCGUCUGCGGCGUCGGGUGUGCCGAAAGGCGGUGCGCGCGGUGCCGCAACGUGACGUACUGCUGCGACGCGCACCGCGACGCGGACGCGGCGCGGCACGGGUACUGGUGUCGGUGACUUUUGUGGUCGUCGAUUUUUGUGGUUUUGCUCUCCUCGUCUCGUUUACGGUGCGCGGUAAGGAGGUUUUGAGUUUUGCUCUCCUGUCUCGUUUACGGUGCG